AUGAUUUCCAGGUGCUGCCACUGUCCAAUCAACCCUGUCAAGGCUCACCGCCCAACGGGAGAUCGUCAACGGACUGCCAAGCACGCCUCUACCCACCAUCCCAUCGACGGAUCGGUAGUAUCUCCCUUGCGGAUACCUCGCGAGGCGAUCAUCUCCACUCGACGGUUUCUCGAUCUCCCGCAUUUCAUCUCAGCCCUCCUACGGGUCUUUUUGUUCUGCACCCUCGUCGGAAUUGCCGUGGCUGCGGGCGGGAUGGCCGAGCUGAAGUCGAUCACUGGCGAUGCACCGAACGCGCCGGCGAUGAUGCCACAGCCGAUGGGCUUCUGGGGGUCGACCGCGGUCGGCCUGGCCCCUAUGGAUUUCGGCGAUGAGGGACCGAUGGUCGGCGGCGGGGUUGAGGGGAUGGAGCGCGAGAAUCUGAUGCUCGGCGCGCUCACCGUGCUCGGCAACCUGAUCAACCCGUCGGCAGACGCUGGUGGGGGCUGCGGUGGCCCGGGGGUGUCGCUGGCCGAGGCGACGGGCGGCGGAUUCUACAAGGGACGUGGGAAUAGC